UUAUAAAUGAAUCUUGCUUCUAUCAACGUCUGAGUUUCAUACAGACUGACGAACACUUUCUUUGUCAACCGAAUAAAACUGUUACUUUUCAUUUUUCAUUUCAGUUGUCUUCCUGUUGUUUAUGCGAGUGAAUACUGAAUGCUAACUUGCCUACUAAUAAAUGAAUAAAGCCCAUUCAGUUGAACUAAAGUGACAAACCCAUCAGAAUCUUAUACUCACAAUCAAAAGUUCUGUCUCAUUUACAUGUGUGUGUAUAUAUAUUAUCAUUACAUAAAACAUUAUAUGGUACUAUUUAAAGGGAAAAUUCAACGCAUCUCCAUAUUACACUAUACAUCAGCAUUCACUAUGCAGGCAUGAUUUUGAGAGGUUUGGUCUGUGAUCAUCAUAUUUUAGCUUUAAUAUACAAGAAAGCACUAUGGAGGAUUGCAGUCAGUCUACAGGAGGUUGUCAAUGACAAUGGUGAAAAGUUAAAAAAAAGUACAUUUUUUCUCAAGUACUCUACAAAAGGACAAAUCACUUUUGUAAUUGCUACUUUUGUACUGCUAAUUUUUUCUUAAACUCAAAAACAUUUCAGGAUUAUAUUAUAUUUACAUCACUAUAUUUGUUUGACUGCUGUUACAAGUUACUUUGCAUGUUCAGAUUUAACACACAAAAACAAAUAACAUAUGAUGCCUUUGUAUUGAGUAAACUAUUAAAACAGCAUAUGAUGCAGUUAAAAUCAGCUCAACCGAAUACUGCUUAGAUGUUAAUAAAAUAAUCAGAAUAAUACCUUUAUGUUUUGUAUGCCUGUUUUUACUUAAAGUGCUUUAGUUCAACAGUGAAAUGUCGUGACUUUUACUUUUUUCUGCUUUUUCAGUCCUGUCUAUCUGUGCAGAAGGGACAAAACUGAACCAACUUUCAAAUGAAUUCUCAUUAUUUUUGUGGUGUCUCCUUAGUUUGAGUAAUAACAUAUAUUAUAUGAAGUCUAUAAGACAAAAUGGAAGGUUGCACUGGUCCAAAACGAAAAGAAAAUAAGAAAAAUUGCACAAAAAGCAUGGACUGCAGUAAUGCAAACUUUUUCCUUCUUCGUCUGCCAUUUCAAGCAGGGAAAAAAAUGAAUACUAAACAUUUGGGAAAGUAACACAAUGUGGUCAAUGCUAAACACGUCUCACAUGUGCAGUGAAAUCAUGGAUUGUAUUCACAAGCUGUGGUGUUGGUGCGUCUGGACCGGUACCGCCUGGGAGCCAGAUUGCGCAACAUUCCGGUUAUCUCAUAAAACGUGUCUCCGUCCUGCUGUAGUCUAAGUUUGUGGCUCAGCACAAACAAACGGAGAGAAGGAAGUUCACUGGGAGCCUUUGAAAGUGCUGUAAUGAACAAGCUGUUCCGCACGAUUUGAAAAUAAUCCGCGUGUCAGUGUCAUCUUUCUUAUGCAAAGUAGCUGUCUUUGAAGGCGGAUCUUUUGGCAGGUUAGACCGGGACGGAGGCUCCGACCAGCUCAGACGAGCGCUGCCACCAAACGCAUCGACUGCCUGCAGACGGGAGGAGCAUAAUCCUGCAUUUCUGGGACACAUUUGUCGCCACCACCGGGGAUAUUUACUGAACUUUACAUUUCGCUGACUGACUAACUAUUUGCGAGCAGCCGUCCCCGCCGCGUAAAGGACCGGAGGACGUUUAUUUUUGUUUCUGUUCCCCCCCCCAACUUGUCGCGCAAGGACUGAAAUCGCGCUGCUUCGCACAGACAGAUGCGCUUGAGUCGCAUGAAAGUCGCAUGAAGCGUGAGUCUUUUGGAAACAUGACGGGAACACGUCGGGACGCAUGAUCCCUCAGUUUCGCUCUCAUCGGACCGACAUGCGACGCGCAAGAGGCUGAACAAGUAGCUCCAACACUUCAGAGACAAGCUGAGCGCAUGAAAGCAUGGACCUGAACGCACGCUGCUCCCAGCGAGGAAGCAUUCUCGGACCGUUGCGGGAUUUAUGUUUUUAAUCAACUCUCCAAACCUAAAAUGAGGAACCGGUGGUCUUGCAGCAGAUAGUUCUGUAAGUUUUUCAAUUUAUCUGACAGAGGAAGAGCAGCCAGGUUUGACUUUUUCUUUUUAAUGAAAGAAACCUGAGUGUUGUUGGCGGUGGUGAACAUUUGGCCUGUUUUUUGUUUGUUUUUUUUUUCUUUAAAUCAAGAGGACACAAUGAUUUCAUCUAUUGAACUGAGCCUCCUCUCUGUGCUGCUGGUUCUCUGGAGCCGUGGGGGAUCGGCCAUCAGCUCAAUAGACCCAGACUGGUCAGGAGAGGGGAGAUGUCAACAGAUCAACAUCCCCCAGUGUAAGGACAUUGGCUACAACAUGACUCGCAUGCCAAAUCUCAUGGGCCACGACGACCAAAAAGAGGCAGCGAUCAAGCUGCAGGAGUUUGCCACGCUGAUACAGUUUGGAUGCCACAGUCACCUCAAAUUUUUCCUGUGCUCGCUGUAUGCUCCCAUGUGCACGGAGCAGGUUUCCAACCCGAUCCCGGCCUGCCGAGUGAUGUGUGAGCAGGUCAAGCUGAAAUGUUCGCCCAUCCUGGAGCAGUUCAGCUUCCCCUGGCCUGACUCUCUGGACUGCUCCCGGCUGCCAACCAAAAACGACCCGAACAACCUCUGCAUGGAGGCGCCGAACAACGGCUCCGACGAGCCUCCCAAAGUCUCCCACACCCAGCCUCCUGACUUCAGGCCACAGCGGCCUCUGAGCGGCCACGACCUGCACCUGAAGGACAGUGGCAGCAAGCAGACCUGCAGCAAUCCUGGCAAGUUCCACUUUGUGGAGAAAAGUGAGUCGUGUGCCCCUAAAUGCUACUCCAAGGUGGACGUGUACUGGAGUCAGGGAGACAAGCAGUUCUCCCUGGUGUGGAUAGCCAUCUGGUCCAUCCUCUGCUUUGUCUCCAGCGCCUUCACUGUGCUCACUUUCCUCAUUGACCCGCAGAGAUUCAAAUAUCCCGAGAGGCCGAUCAUCUUCCUCUCCAUGUCCUACUGUGUUUACUCUGUGGGCUACCUCAUCCGACUCUUUGUGGGGGCUGACCGAAUAGCCUGUGACAGAGACAAUGGGGUCCAGUAUAUUAUCCAGGAGGGUCUGGAGAGCACCGGCUGCACUAUUGUGUUUCUCAUCCUGUAUUAUUUUGGCAUGGCCAGCUCCCUCUGGUGGGUUAUCCUGACCCUCACAUGGUUCCUGGCUGCAGGGAAGAAGUGGGGUCACGAGGCCAUUGAAGCCAACAGCAGCUACUUCCACCUGGCGGCGUGGGCCAUCCCCGCCGUCAAGACCAUCAUGAUCCUGGUUAUGAGGAAGGUGGCGGGGGACGAGCUGACGGGCGUGUGCUACGUGGGCAGCAUGGACGUCAAAGCCCUCACGGGAUUUGUGCUCAUUCCCCUCUCCUGCUACCUGAUUAUCGGCACUUCGUUCCUGCUGUCGGGCUUCGUGGCCCUCUUCCACAUCCGGAAGAUCAUGAAGACAGAGGGAGAGAACACAGACAAGCUGGAGAAGCUGAUGGUUCGCAUUGGAGUCUUCUCUGUGCUCUACACCGUCCCCGCCACCUGCGUCAUCGCCUGCUACUUCUAUGAGCGGCUCAACAUGGACUACUGGCGCAUCGUGGCAUGGGAGAAGAAGUGCGUGGACAGCAGCGGGCCGGAUUCAGACGAGUGCGUCAUGAAGACGUCCAUCCCGGCUGUUGAGAUCUUCAUGGUGAAGAUCUUCAUGCUGCUGGUGGUGGGCAUCACCAGCGGCAUGUGGAUCUGGACCUCAAAGACGCUGCAGUCUUGGCAGAACGUGUUCAGCAGAAAGCUGAAGAAGAGGACGAGGGGGAAGACUGCCAGUGUGUUCACCAGCAGCAGGCCUUACAUCAAACCUCACCCAUCCCUCAAAGGGCACAGUACUAAGUAUGAGCCUACACGGCCUCCUCCGACAUGCGUCUGAGCUGGCUCGCUUUGUAUAAACCCAAAAAAUACGUGUAAAGCUCUUACCUAAAUGAGACUUUGUAAUCAGAGUGCCAUCAAAAGAAUCAAGGUUUAUGUUUUAUUUAUGCAAACUCCAUUGAGGACCAUGAAAUGUGGGGGUUUUUUUGUAUCUUGAGCCAUCUCAUGCAACAAGAGCUGCCUUUGUUUGAGGAAAAAAAAUCUGCUACUCCUGGAUUCACUUAUCCUAUUGAGGAACUUGGUUGAGGGAAAAAAAAAAAAUGGUAUUGUUCCCCGAGACAAAAAGAGUGGAAUAAACCAUUUGGAUGUGCCAUGGGGUUACUUGAAUAAUGUGCAAUAGAUGUUUUCCUUACAGGCAGAAAAAGACACUUGUACAGUUAGUGACAGAUUACAGACAAUGAAAGGACCCCACAGACAAUGGAGGCGAAUGGUCAGAGAGAUGAGUGUUGUGUUUGGAGGCUUUUUAAUGGAAAUUGAGGCAGUGUCAUAUAUGUUUGAACUGGAGUGAGAGCAGCUGUUGAGAACUGCCCAUUAUGAGGCAAAUCCAUGCCAUAAAUUAAUCAAGCACUCAUCAUUGAAAAGUUAUUUGUACACACAGUUGAGUUUUCCAUUGUUUUGUCUUUUGCUGUUUUAUAGCACAAGGGAACGUUUGUAUAUAUUUCUAAAAAAAAAAAAACGUCAGAUUUUAUAGAAAAAAAAUUAAUAAAACGUUCUAGUUUUAAAUGUUUGUAAAGCUGCAAUCGUGUGCUGCGACUGUGUGUUCUUCCCUCCAUUCUCAUCCAGCCGCGCGAAGCUUGCACUUCUGCUUUUCCACCCUCGCGGUUUAUCUGCAGACAGUCAUGUUAAUACAUCAUAAAAAUCUAAAUCAUUAACCGUAAUUUGUGAAUAUGAUGGUGUGUUGGGGCUGGGUUGUAACAGUGUGUUUGGCUUUCAGAGUAACUUGUGACAAAAGAGACAUUUUACUAAAGCAAUAACUGACUGGUUUUAUGAGCAUUUCAGAACGGCUCAUAAAUGUGACACAGACUUCAUCUCUUCUCAUUGAAGAAAAAAAUGCACUUGCACAUAUAACAAAAAGAAUGUAGUCAAGCUUGACAUGUUGGUGCUUAAGUCAACAGAGACCAGAAGCAAUAUUAUCAGUAACUUAUCCUUUAAAUGUUCAUAACAACAUGACAAUGGGACUAUCUUUUUUCCCUUUUUACUAAAGGACGACUAAAAGCAAAUAAUAAAAAGAUAUCACGCUAAAAUAUUAAUCAACAGAUAGUACCAGUUAUUAAAUGUACUUAAGUAUCAAGAAUAAAAAAAAAAUGAAUUCUGUAUAUAGCUACAUGUAUCUAUAGCAUAUAAUGAGUACUAUGGGUUGACUAGUUAUCACCCUGGCCAAUUAUCUAAUGCCAUUUUCAGCAUUUUUACAAUUAUCGGAAUAUGUGUUUUUGUAUUCCAGUUGCCAAUGAAUUAACAUGAAGAUGUGCUGCUGUAGUUGUGAUGCAGCAUGUAAUCUGCAAAGUAACUAGUAACUUAAUGUAGCAAGUAAAAUAUAAAACCUUUGCCUCCAAAAUCCAACCAUUUUUGACAUCUUGGCGCAUCUUUAUCUCUUGUAUGUAAAUAUUUAUAAGGAAAUAAUGGGAAACUUGUGCCUAUACCUACGCAUGGAUGUAGUGCAGUGUUGUAAAAUAUUACACAAAAGUCAUA